AUUCCUCGGGUCCCUCUUCUUCUCCCCCACCCGCCCCCUCCCCAAAAAAAGGAGCCUUUUUCCCUUCCCCGCAUCUUGCUGCUUUGCUACAAUUGGAAUCACAACCAGGGAGGGGGGGAGGGCACAGAGGAAAAGGGGGGGGCCCUGAUGUCCAUGUUUUAAAGGACAAGAAGAAGCGAAAGGGGGGAAAAGAGGAAGGAGUGAGUGUUGUGUGUUGCGGAGAAAGGGUGCUCGUGGGGUUUAACCAUCACACCCCCGUCCCUCCCCUCCUCUCUAUCUCUCCCCCCCCCGAAAGCCCUUUCAAAGUACCACCGGGUUGUUGAUAUAUAUAUUUCCACCUACAAGAACCAUCAGUCUCUCCGCCGUUGAUGGACAGCUACGGCAGCCAAAAGGCGGAAGAAAGGGUCUCCUUGGGAGAAAGGAAAUACCGACAAGCAAGAAAAUAGCCAAGUCUUCUUCUCUCUUCUCUCCUCUCCCCCCCCACCCCCACCCCGCAACACAACCAUGAAGGGCUCUCUCUUACCGGCAUUUAACUAAGCUAGCCAGCGAGCGGAGGUUAGCGGGUUUAGAAAGACCCCUGGAAUAUUUAAUUUCUAAAUAUUUUUCAAUUCUUGGUCCUUUCACUCCUGAGCAAUCCACAGAAUCCUCACCCCUUUCUGGUGGAGGAAAAAAAAAAGAGUUUAUUUUUAAUUUUAAUUUUUUUAUUUAAAAAAAAACUAUUUGCAACAGUUUUUCCACCACCCCCUCUCUCUCUCUGUGGAUCCGGGUGGGCUUAGUAAAGGGGCCCAAAAUGGGUCAAGAUCGCCUCUUUGGAAAAAGCUGAAGCUUUCCUGCCGCCCCCCACCCCCAGGAGCCGCCUCCCCCCCGGGGGGGAGAAGCCACGAGGACAAGGAGCCCUGGAGAAAAAAGUUCUGAGCAUCUGAUGGCACAAAGGUACGAUGAAUUGGUACAUUACGCCGGAAUGGACGGGGUCUCUCUGCCGGCCUUUGGAGAUCCGCACACCGGCCGGAGUCUGCAACAUCACGCUUUAAACCAGGCGUCCCCUUAUGGAUCCACAGGGGUCAACCACCGGCCCGGGUUACCCCCGGCUCUGGGCGCCAACGACGCCUUGAAGAGGGAGAAAGACGAGAUCUAUGGGCACCCCCUGUUCCCACUGCUGGCCCUGGUCUUUGAGAAAUGUGAACUGGCAACCUGCUCUCCAAGGGAUACGUCUGGCUCUUACCCGGGAGGAGACGUCUGCUCGUCGGAUUCGUUCAACGAGGACAUUGCCGUCUUUGCCAAACAGGUUAGGACAGAAAAACCUUUAUUUUCUUCCAACCCUGAGCUGGAUAAUUUGAUGAUACAGGCCAUCCAGGUUCUGCGGUUCCACCUUCUUGAAUUGGAAAAGGUCCAUGACCUUUGUGACAAUUUCUGCCACCGUUACAUCACCUGUCUCAAGGGGAAGAUGCCCAUUGACCUGGUGAUCGACGACCGAGACGGGGGGUCCAAAUCCGAUCUGGAAGAUUUUGGUGGAUCGUGCGCCAGCCUCUCUGACCAGAACAAUUCCUGGAUCCGGGAUCACGAUGAAACAGGAUCGACGCACUCGGGCACUCCGGGCCCCUCUAGUGGCGGGAUUGCAUCGCAAAGUGGAGAUAACUCUAGUGAACAAGGAGACUGUCUAGACAACAGCGUGGCCUCCCCCAGCACAGGAGACGAUGACGACUUAGACCGCGACAAAAAGCGGAACAAGAAACGAGGGAUUUUCCCCAAAGUGGCCACAAACAUCAUGCGUGCAUGGCUAUUCCAACAUUUGUCGCCCCCUUAUCCCUCAGAAGAACAGAAGAAACAAUUAGCUCAGGAUACGGGGCUGACGAUCUUACAAGUGAAUAAUUGGUUUAUUAAUGCCCGGCGGCGCAUCGUUCAGCCUAUGAUAGACCAAUCAAAUCGCACAGGUCAGGGUGCACCGUAUAGCCCCGAUGGGCAGCCGAUGGGGGGCUAUGUCAUGGAUGGGCAGCAGCACAUGGCGAUCCGUCCCCCAGGACCGAUGGGCAUGGCGAUGGGCAUGGAAGGGCAAUGGCACUACAUGUAAAGCCCUGCGCUCACGGCCGAUGCCAAAGGGGAAGGUUCCAGAUGAGGCGAGGCGUGCUGGGCAGUCACCCCUUCCUGCCGGGAUUACGGGGCGUGAGACUCAUGCCGCUUCUGGCAUGCCCUUCCUCCCGACUUCCCCUGUGCUCCUCAAGAACAUGCCACAGACUGUCCUCCCUCCAACCCCACCGCCACCCCCUAGGGCCACCGUCUGCACGGCCACCCUGGCCCAAGAGGCAAGCGACCUUGACCCGACUUGAAUGGACCGAGGCACAGAUGGAAGCACCCCGUCUUACCGUUCCUGCUCCUCCGCUCGCUCCUCGUUUUUCCCUCGCUCUUCGUCUGGCCGAAAGAAGAGCUGCCGAGAAACCACACCGCCCGCAUCUCGAGGGUUCGAAAUCUCCAGGGGUGCAUCGUCUGCUAAAGUCUAGGGACCGGUUGACGGAUCAUGAAGGGAACACUGGGCUUUGAGUGGAAACAAAUGCCCCCCCUUCCCUCCCCAUUAUUAAAAAGAAGGAAGGAGAUGGACUUUUGAAGGCCUUCUUGGAAAAAAAAAAGGAACACAGGGAGGGUAGAGGCUGAGGGUUUCACUUUUUAUUCAUUGGGGUCCCCUCUGUAUUUCCCCCACCUCACACACAGACCGCACCUCAGAGGGCCAAGCCAGCUACGGGCACGGCGUACCCCCUCCACGGACUCCCCUCCCCCAAAAAAAGAAACGAGACCACGCCAAUGUUUCAAGCAGGGUUUGUUUUGUUUGGUUUUGUUUUCCUUUCCGACGGUUUCUCGUCGUCCUC